AUGGACGAUACGCCAGCACUAGACAACGCUCAGAGAUUUAAUGAUUAUAUUGUAACAACUUGGGUUGGUGAUGAUGCUAGAUUCCCCAUCCCUCUAUGGAAUCACCACCGAAACAUUGGACCUCGCACGAACAAUAAUCUGGAAGGCUUCCACUACCGACUUAACAAGUCUCUGCCACAUCAUCAUCCAAACAUUUAUCGUUUUGUUAAACUGAUCAAGCAGAUUGAGAAGUCUGACUCUGCCAAGAUGCGUCAAAUUGACUUUGGUACUGCUCCCCAAGGCAGAAAGCGAGUAUAUCGCGAGAAGGAAAACCGACUCAUCAGAUUGUGGGACCAACUCCAAGUAGGCCAGAAAAACUGUGUUCAGUUUCUGGAUGCUGCUGGUUAUCUGUAUCCAACUGACCACUAA